AUGUUCAACUUCAACUUCUUCAAGUCUGCUCCCGCCGAGUCUCAGGCUCAGUCCCAGGAGGGUACCUGGAACCCCAACACCAUUGCCAUGCAGCAGCCCUCAAGCCCUGCGGCUCCCUCCGCAGAUGGCAACGUCGUCGCUCAGCAGCCUACCGGCCACGAGGAAAUGUCCAUGCAGCUCCGUGGUGGUGGCGGCGGUGGUCUGUGCUGUGGCAUCUGUGCCGGUCUUGCCUGCUUCGAGUGCUGCGAGAUUUGCUGCUAA